AUGGAGUGUUUUCUGAGACGGGAAGCCUGUCAGCUUCAGACGGAGAUACACACUGCAUCUCUGGGUCCUUGUCCUACAGACGCUGGUUCAGGAUCAGGUGAUGGUGGUGAAGGUGUUUCUCUCCCAGAGAGUUCUGGAGAGGCUGGUGUAGGACAGAGGGACUCGUCCUGUGAGAUGUGUCAGUUUGGAUCGGAGUGUGACGAAGACGCAGAAGAUGUAUGGUGUGUGUGUAACAUCGACUGUUCCCACAUCAUUUUCAACCCUGUGUGUGCUUCAGAUGGCCGUUCCUAUGACAACCCCUGUCAGGUAAAGGAGGCUUCGUGUCAGAGACAGGAGAGGAUCGAGGUCACACACCUGGGCCACUGCCACGGUACACAAACACACACACACAUACCUCACACAUACACACACACGCGUGCAACACACCACACACACAAGGGGCCGAGGGACCUGUACAUCCCCUGUCCUUCCCGCUACAGGAACUACUGUCUCCAUGGAGACUGUCAAUACCCCUGACAACCUAGGCCCGCCCUCCUGUAGCUGUCAUGCAGGGUCAGCGGGCCCCAGUGUGAGCGGAAGGACUACAACGUUCUGUUUGUGGUUCCAGGAUCUGGAAAGAUCCGUUAUGUUCUCAUCGCCUCCGUCAUCGGAGCGCUGCAGAUCACCAUUAUCACACUGGUGGUGCUGUGUGUCACAAGGAAGAGCCCUGGGAAGAAGAGGAAGUCUGUCCAGAAGCAGAGUGGGGCUCUGUACGAUACAGACAGCACGCUCCGCACUGCUACUCUUCACAUCUGACACACCACGUUAACAGUUGAAGUCGGAAGUUUACAUACACCUUAGCCAAAUACAUUUAAACUCUGUUUUUCACAAUUCCUGACAUUUAAU